CGUUACCUAGAAGUUGUAACGGAAGUGACGUAGGGCACGCGCCCUUGGCGCGAUGGAGCAGCAGCAGCAGCAGCAACAGCAAUUGAGAAACCUGCGGGACUUCCUGUUGGUCUACAAUCGGAUGACGGAACUCUGCUUCCAGCGCUGCGUGCCCAGCCUGCACCACCGAGCUCUGGAUGCUGAGGAGGAGGCCUGUCUGCACAGCUGUGCUGGGAAACUGAUCGAUUCCAACCACCGCCUCAUGGCCGCUUACGUGCAGCUCAUGCCCGCCCUGGUACAGCGCCGCAUCGCCGACUACGAGGCUGCCUCAGCUGUGCCAGGUGCUGCUGCUGAACAGCCCGAAACCUCGCCAUCAGGCAGCUAGCCAUGCCCAACCCCAGGAAGGGAGGCACUGGAUGGACCCUCAGAUUGAAGGAACCAGUGGACCUUGGGCUAGAUGCAGCCUGGGUAUAGAAAGUGAGGGGUUGCCUGAGAGCUGGGUACUGGUGCUCCUUUUCCUGGAGCUAAUAAACCCGCUUUUACUCUUUUUGGUUUAUAUAAUGGGCAGGGAAGCUUUGCCCACUUUAUUGGCACCAUUCUUCUUAUUCUGUCAGUGCUUCAGCCCUGGCAGCAGAGAAAUUGCCUUCUAUGUGUAGAAAGUAAACCUCAACAUUCCCAAACACCUGCUUAAAGUAAGGUCCUGUGGCAGUAGCAACAGGAAGUUGGUUCCUGCCCAGAUGACAGAGAAAAUGGGAGCUCUGCCCAUCUAGCUGACCUUAACUUAAAUCUAUCUGACUUAAAUGGCUCACUUAAGAGAUAUCUAGGAACAACAAAUUAGGAAACUACAGGCCUUUUAGGCACUACCUCCUGGGAAGUCAGUAGCCUCAGACAGAGCUAAAACCUGUAAGAAUUCUGGAGUGUUCUGGAACUUCAACUAUUUCCCUGAGUUGUUACUUUCUUACUCUUUUCUGUCUUCCAGGAUAAGCAGUAAAACCUAUUAUCAAAGAA